ACCACUGCAGAGUUCACCUGGAGAUUUUCAGCGCUUUGGAAUCCACACAUUGUACAAUGAAGGGCUUUCUGGCUUUCCUUCUUGCAGUGGAUAUCAUAGUGGCACUGGCUGAUGCAUACUGUUUUACGAAAAUGAGGCAGCCAGGGGAAUCUGAUGAAGGCUGUGUCCUGGAAGGAAAGCUAUAUCCCUUUGGAGAAAUCCCAAGGACAGAAAGUUGCUACAGAUGCAGCUGCAGCCGAGAUGCAAUGCGUUGUUGCACCCUCUUUCAUACUCCUGUUAAUUACAACAAAGAAAAAUGUAAAAUAGUUUUCAACAAGGAAAGCUGCGAUUACGAUGUGGUACAGAAGGACGACCCUACAAAAACAUGUUUUGUAUAUGCUCGUGUGGGUUAGCCCUACUCCUUCCUUUCCUACAGAUGCUUUACUGUGACAGAGAUGUUCAAAGACAUGGGAGAUCUUCUAAGAGAGAGUACUUCAGCAGUUCAGUUUUAAUCUCCUAAUUCUUCCAAUUCAGUAUAUAAGAUGUAUAAUCAGGUACAACAUGUCAUUUCUGUUAUUACUGACAUUGGCAUCACUGAGCUUUAUUGAAUAAAAUAAAUCCAGACAAAGCAACCCAGAAGCCCUUCAUAA